AUGAAAAAGAAAGCAGAAAACAUUAAUGAUAUUGAAAAUAAUACGUUUAUAGGAGAAGAAGUAUAAAAAACGAUAGGUGAUUUAUUAACUAAAGUAACAUAAGAAAAGUAAUAAAAAAUAAAAGAAUUAGAGUAAUUAAUAGAAAAAGAAAAAUAAAAGGAAAAAGAAAAAGAAAAAUAAAAGGAAAAAGAAAAAGAAAAAGAAAAAGAAAAGGAAAAAGAAAAGGAAAAAGAAAAGGAAAAAGAAAAGGAAAAGGAAAAGGAAAAGGAAAAGAAAAAAUAAAUCUUAAUAAAGUUAAGAAAAUAAUAAUAAUAAAUCGAUAAUGAUGAAGAUGAAUAAUAAUAAGAAUAAGAAUAAGAAUAAGAGCCUUAGAUUGGAUCAGUUCCCUCGCCUUAUGUUCCUUCAUUAAAAAAUCCUGAUUAAUAUACUCUUGUUUUAGAUUUAGAUGAAACUUUAGUUCAUUACUAAGAACUUGAGGAUGGCGGUUAAUUUUUAGUAAGACCUUAUGCCGAAACAUUUCUAGAGGAAAUGGCUUAAUAUUAUGAAAUAAUAAUUUUUACGGCUGCAUUACCAGAAUAUGCAAACUUCAUUUUAGAUAUAAUAGAUUAAAAAUAGAACAUAUCAUAUAAACUAUACAGGCAGCAUACCGUCGCUUAUGAAAAUUCUUAUGUUAAGGUUUAAAUCAUAUUUCUUUCUUGUUUAUAUUUUUUUUAUUUUUUCUGUAUUUUUUUUAAAUACUCAAUCAAAAGAAGGAUAUUAUUAUUUUUUUUAUCCGCCUUUUUUAUUUUUGAUUGAAGUUUUUUUUUUAAAGAAAAAUAAAUUAAAAAAUAACACUAAC